UCACUGAUUUCAACGGUGUCAUUGAACAGUUCGUCGGAGGAUUUGUCGGAAUUUUCACGCAAUUUCAUUCAAGUUUCUCCAUAGCUGUGAGGAAAAGGGGCGCAAUCGAGUUAAAUGUGAAUAGUGCGAGUGGUGCUUGGGCGGAAAAAUGAGCAAGCACAUGUACACAACGGCCAAUCUCUCGGACACAGAGCUGAAAGAGCAGGGAAAUCGACUGUUCUCCGCGAGAAAAUUCGAAGAGGCGAUACAAUGCUACACAAAAGCAAUUAUAAAGAACCCCACUGUGGCCAUCUACUUCACAAACAGGGCGCUGUGCCACCUGAAGCUGAAGAGGUGGGAUCAAUCGUGCAGCGAUUGUCGGCGGGCGUUGGAGAUUGAGCAGAAUCAGGUGAAGGCGCACUUCUUCCUGGGUCAGAGCCUCAUGGAGAUGGAGCUGUACGAUGAGGCGAUCAAGCACUUGCAGCGCGCGAAUGAUCUGGCGCGCGAUCAGAGGAGGAAUUUUGGGGAUGACAUAGCGUCGCAGCUGCGCUUGGCACGCAAGAAGCGAUGGAACAUCCAGGAGGAGAAGCGCAUUUGCCAGGAGAUCGAGCUGCAGUCGUACCUGAAUCGCCUGAUACAGCUGGACAUGGAGAAUCGAAUAGCGAAGCUCAAGUUGGACGAUAAUGCCAAUGAGGACUUUGUGAAGGAGAAGAGCGCAGAGAUUGAGCGCGAGUGUGAGAAUCACGUGACGGAGCUGAACAACUUGUUUGCCAAAGUGGACGACAGGCGUCGCAAGCGGGAAGUGCCCGACUUCCUGUGCGGCAAGAUCAGCUUUGAGAUUCUGCAGGAUCCGGUGAUAACGCCGUCUGGGAUAACGUACGAGAGGAAAGACAUCGAGGAGCACCUGCAGCGCGUGGGGCACUUUGAUCCGGUGACGAGGGUGAAACUCACGCAGGAUCAACUCAUUCCCAAUUUCUCCAUGAAGGAAGUCGUGGAUGGGUUCAUAGCGGAGAACGAGUGGUCGCUGGACUACUGAAUGGACUGAAGAAUGGCUUCUUUCGACAAAAUUAUCCAAUUUCAAAAUUCUCUAAUCUCGCUGCAAGAAGUGUUUGGGAAAAUGCAUUUUAGUGUUUUGCAUUGGAUUUGCUCAAGAACAUGCAAAAACCUUUAUUAGCAAUUGAAAUUUGCCUUCCUUUGGGAUAGAAGAUGAAAAGUGCAGUGAGAUUGUCAUUCUACCGACACGUGUUAAAAGUAGUGUGGCACAUUGUCUGUGUUUUUUUUGGCAAAUAUUUUUAUUAUUUAUGUGAUAAAAUGAAAAUUUUUCUGAACGAAUUGAAUAAUAAAUGCGUGUGCGAAUUAUUUUUAACACCUGUCUGUAGCGUUCUUGUUCCCAUUUGAUACGAAAGCAUAAGGAGAAGAAUAAUAACUCCCCUUGCGGAGUUAAUCCUGUAUAUGUGAAAAAGAGUACUAAAUAUUAAGAAUAAAUAGUUGAUUGAAUUGAAAUGCAA